GUCCGGCUCGGCUGGAGGACGGUGGCCGACAGGCUGCGCCCGCCCGCGCCCGGGGUGAUGCAGCUGCCCCCAGCGCUGUGCGCCCGCCUCGCCGCCGGGCCCGGGGCGGCGGAGCCACUGCCUGUAGAGCGGGACCCCGCGGCUGGGGCCGCGCCCUUUCGCUUCGUUGCGCGCCCGGUGCGCUUCCCGCGGGAGCACGAGUUCUUCGAGGAUGGGGACGUGCAGCGCCACCUCUACCUCCAGGAGGUGCUCAUGCAGGUGGCCGACGCGCCUGAGAAGCCCAGGGUGCCUGCGUUUGCCUGCCAGGUGGCCGGCUGCUGCCAGGUGUUCGAUGCCCUGGACGACUACGAGCACCACUACCACGCGCUGCACGGAAAUGUUUGCUCCUUUUGCAAGCGGGCCUUCCCUUCCGGACAUCUGCUGGACGCCCACAUCCUGGAGUGGCACGAUGCGCUCUUCCAGAUCCUGUCUGAGAGGCAGGACAUGGUGGGUGAGGUCUGCAUAGCUGCCGAGGCCAUCCCCAGUGGUGAUGGGCUCAGAGUGCUGCCCCAGCUCUCGGGUGCCCGGGGGCAAGGCCAGGGAUACCUUUCCACCCUUGGCAGCCCUGUUAGAGGGGCAUGGUGGUGGGGGAGGGCCAGGGGUCAGAGGGAGGUGAUGCCAUCUCCGUGUCAGUAUCAGUGCUUGGUAGAAGGCUGUACAGAGAAGUUCAAGACCAGCAGAGACCGGAAGGACCACAUGGUGAGGAUGCACCUGUACCCCGCGGACUUCCGGUUUGAUAAGCCAAAGAAAAGCAGAAGCCCAGCCUCAGCGGAAGUCCCAGGGGACAGUGGAGAGCGGUCAGAAGGGGAGGCCAUGGAAAUCUGCUCCGAGCCUGUGGCGGCCUCCCCUGCACCGGCCGGUGAGAGGCGGACCUACAGUCAUAGAAUACCCUCUACCAUCUGCUUUGGUCAGGGUGCUGCUCGAGGAUUUAAAAGCAACAAGAAGAAAACCAAACAGUGCUGAUAGAUUCAGAAAAGAAGUGGGGGACAGUCACCACUGGUGGGAGUGGCAUCCGUUGUGGGCCUUUCUCCGACCUGUGGCCACACUGGGGCCGGGGCCACGCCCUCACCAUCCUCCCUGUCUCUGUUCCUCAACAAAUGGCAUCAGCAGCCAUCAUCAGAAGCAGUGAGGGACCCACAGAUUUUGGAAACGACCUUGAGACACUAUUGGGACUGAGAUGUGGACGGCCUGCCUCCCCCUGCAGGGCAAACCCUAAGAAUGUAUUUUUAAACACAUGAAAUAAGUAUUUUUCACUGAU